AUGCUGAGAAUUCUUGAAUGGGACUCAUUUCCUUCUAAAUUUUUGCCAUCCAAAUUCUCUGCUGAAAAUCUUGUCACGCUUAGUUUGACACACAGCAAGAUUGAACAGCUUUGGGAAGGUGAUGAACUUAACGUGGUACGUUAUGUACUUGUUUCUUAA